AUGCAGAAAGUAUCCCACAAGGUGCAAAGCCCAGUUCUCGUCGUCGAGCUUACCCUGAAUAGACUAGAAGGUACGCAGCUGAGAGCUCUGGGUCUUCUCUCAGUUUUUGGGUUCAAUAUGACCUACAUGGUCAAAGGACCCAAUGACGAACCUGGUCCAAAGGCCUGCAGUACAAUAGAAUGUCGUCUUCUUGGACACUGUUAUGCUAGAUAUGAUUACAAGGAGUUCUACUGCGAUUGUUUUGAGGGUUACUCGGGAGCCGAUUGCGGAGUUGGGCCUUUAUGUCCGAAGACCCCUAACAUGUGCAAAAAUGGAGGCACCUGCGGUCAAAUGGGUCCAGCUGCAGUAAGCUGCAUCUGCGCGCCGGGUUUCACGGGGGAUCUUUGCGAGUCUCAGAUCGAAGCACCUGAAUGUGGCAUAGAAGAAUGUGCUGAAGGGUGCACGACAGGCGCCUGUGAUUGCAAUCCCAAAGAUACUGACGUCUCUUCUGCUCGUUUUGAAACAAGGCUGCAAAUAGUGGACCAAGGAAGUAUAAACAUAUCUCAAGAAAUUAUUAAACAGAUGACUAACUACUUAAGAGCUUCCAAUAUAACUUUACACGAUGAAAUUGAAGUCUUAAACAUUAGUGCCCCUGACGCGAUGGGUGCACGUACAGUGUGGCUUCGUGUAUGGGCGGAACGGCGAGAUGCAGGAGCGUUAAGGACUGCUCUCGCACGUCUAGCUGCUACUCGCACACGCACUGACAGGCUGCGCUUACUGCCUGCUAUGCUGCAUUUUGAUAUGCAACCUGCUCUUAGUUUACACGCACUGAUCGUUAACCAGCGUCAGGAAGUGUGGGAAGGAUCUGAAUUUAUAUUGAGCUGCAUGGCGUAUGGGUCCCCUGACAUAACAUUUACUUGGUAUAAAGAUGGGGUUAAAAUAAACUUUAAUGGAACUACCAGAGAUAUCUGGACUCGCACAGUAGCUGAAGAUGCGUUAGGAAGGCGUAUGUCAGUUUUGGGUAUUUCUGAAGCUAAGAAGCCUGAUAGUGGUCGAUGGUCUUGUUCCGCUGAUGAUGCUGGGAGAAGACGGUGCAGUGCGUUGAGACUGUCUAUUCUACGUCCUCCCGAUAUAAGACUAGUGCCUUCCAUGUUAACUGUUAACAAGGGAGAUAAUGUAAGCAUCACAUGUCUUGCCGGUGCGGGUCGUGUACACGGCGUAUUGGGAUUUAGUUGGGCCCGAGAACGAUCUCUGUUGCCACAGGCGCCCGGUCGCGAAGUCUGGGAAGAUCUUUACCCUGCGGGAAGUGUACUUAAGCUAUAUAAUGUACAGAAAUCUGGAGAAUUCCGUUGUCAAGUAUCGUCAGUAGCGGGUACGAAUACUAAAGCCGUAACAAUGUGGACUCUCGGUUCUAAAGACGAUGCGUGUCCAAGUGAAGCAUCCCACGGUCUGCGAUGGCCUAAAACUGCACCAGGAGCUCAUGCAGCCGCAACCUGCCCACCUGGACAUACAGGGGAAUCAAUUAGAUUCUGCGAACCUAAAACUACCCAACACGGUGUGAAAUGGGUCAUACCGGAUUUUUCUGGUUGUAUUGCGGAUUCCUUAAACGACAUAUAUGAGCAGUUUACUAAAAUUUAUUACGGCUAUUCCUGGGCUAAUGUUUCUCAUGUGGCACAUCAAUACGGAGCAGUUCUUCGUUCACUUCCUGCACAACCUGGAGAGGGAACUAUUCCUUUAAAACAUGCUAAGAAUAUGCUUAACUAUCUCCUUUCCAAUGCUGGUAAAUUGAAAGAUAGAAGGGAAAGUGUGAACCAUCUACUCAUUAUAUAUGAUACCUUACUAAAGCAUCCUGACACUUUUUUAGAUGAAGAAAAAAUAUACGAUCUUCAAAAUGCUAUAGUUGAAACAGCAGGAAUGCGUGACAACUUAGAUUCCGUUUAUAAGGAGUUUUCCAUAAAUACCAAGCAAGCUAGAGAGGAUGGCGCUGCUCACUUUGGUUUCACGCCAAUCCUAGGAUCUGAAGAAUGGUUACUAACAUCAGCUGGUGUAGAACUGGUUGGACGAAAUGGAAAUACGUCAGUGGUCGUUGUACGGUAUCGAAACUUAGCUGCACGACUGCCAUCAUUGAGAAGAUCUAUUGAAUUCAACUCAUCGUCUUCUAGGGGUGGGAGAGAGGUGGAGUACGAGCUGGCGUCCGCACAAAUACAACUUCACGCGCCAGGGUAUGCUCACACUGGUCAUUCCACCACGUUGCUGUUUGUGCAUUCAAAAAAUUAUUCAGCCAUAGCAUCCAAAUUAGCCUGCGCAUUAAGAACCCCAUCAGAGCCGCGUGUCUGGAUCACGAAGACUUGUGAGGUUCGUGUACCGGAGCCAACACACGUGGCCUGUCGGUGUCGAGGUCUUGGCACCUUUGCUUUGUUCACUAUCGCCAGGUCUACCCUUUCAGACACGGAAAAAGACCUACGCGGAAUUGUAAAGAUCACAGUAGGAUUGAGCGGUACGAUGAGCCUGGUGGCUGCAGCAUUGCAGCUUCUUAGUCUUUUACCUGGAAAACGAGCACGGCUGCCCGUCUUGUUGCGAGCUGUCACCGCGGGCACCCAUUCAGCAGCUGUACUUACACUGCUAGAAUGUGAUACCAGACAGGAGGAGGCUUGUCCUGGAGCCUUAGGGUGGGUAUGCGCAGCGUGUUGGUGCGCUGGUUGCGCGGCAUUGUGUGCACAGCCACUGCUACUUCAAGCAGAGCUAGCAGGUCGGCGACAGAACGCUCCUUCUGUUGCACUUCUUGCAGGUGUAUGCACCCUUGCUUGGUUGACUGCGCGUCUUUGGGGCGGGGCUCCUCUCCAGAUUGGAGCGGCAGCGCAGGCCGUAUGCGCUGCUGGUUGCACGCUGCUAGCCGUGUUGUGUUUCGCUCUAGCAAUUUGUGCUGCUGUAAGAUUGAGGACUAUAACGCACAAAGUUCCAGUCGAAAGGCGGACAUAUUUGAGAGAUCGGCGGCGUGUUGUACGACAUACAAUUGCGGUGUUAGUGACGACCAGCGCAGCGCAAGCGGCCGGUGUUUGGUGGGCACAACCGGGACCUCGGACACUUGCUCUCGUUUUAACACUCUCUAUAGCCGCUCUUCUUAAUGGUGUAACAAUGCUGAUCUGCUACGUGAUAUGGGAUGAAGAGUGCUUACAAUCAGCAAAGAGAGUACUAUCACUACCCUCCCAUCGCGAAUGGCAAGAGUCCCCAGCGGGAGACACAUCACUUAGUUUAUAUAUAAAACAAGGCGGUGAAGUAGAGAGCCGGGGAGGAGUGGGUAUGUUGGAAACCACUUCAUCGCCCGUCUCGCCAGUGACGUCAUACUGGCGAGCUCCGGGGCUUGAGAGCCCGGCGAGGCUUAACAGGAUACAGUCGACGCCAGACAGCCGCGCAGAUAUAGUCCGAUGUGUGGAAUAUAAGGACGCACUCCUGAGUCCGCAGCGAUAUGAUGCUCACGUGGGCACCACACAUGCUGUUUGCGACCUCAUUCCGCAUACCGCACCCCACCGGCCCGAGUACAUGGAUCGCGUGUGUCUUGAGCUUCGAGUCCUAAAAAACCCACCCUCAGAACCAAUUGCACCCCUUCUUGCCUGCUCAGUCGACUUUGAACCUUACACAGGGAGACAGAUUGACACUUCUAAAGACGCGUGCAGCAUCUGCGUACAGUCCAACCCUGAUGUAUCCAAAAUCACGUCCCCACCUAUAAAAAGUUGUCUUAAAAAACCCAAGGAUGACUUCACUUCAAGUAUUUCACUACCUUCGAUGGAAUUAAAAGAAGAACCAAAGAUUAAGUCUGACAUAGACCAAGUGAAUAGAGAGUGGAAUAGAGCGUACGACUCACCAGAAACGGAUAGAGUGUUAAAUAAAAUAUCCAACGAUUUAGACUUUUUACUAAACAGGACUCAAGUUAAGAAGACAAUACUCGACCAAAUAGAAGAAGCACCCACUUAG